AUGCUCGAUCGAGAGACAGAGACCGAGACCGAGACAGAGACCGAGACCGAGACAGAGACAGAGACAGGGAUUACUACUACGACGACCACCAACCAUCGCGGCAGGGGCUAUUUACCUAUGGCUGAUGAAUUGAGCUUGACGGCUAACUUGCCCACGGGACAACGAGGCUAUUCACAGUCUCCAUCCAGGGACGACGACAUGUACGGCAACGCGUGGGACCGGCGCGACCAUCACUCCCGGCCGCAUCGCCAGCCUCCCUCCGCUGCGCCAGAAUACCGAGACGCUCAUGACGCGCGCCCGAGGCGGAGCCUGAGCCCUCGUGACUGGAGCCAUGACAACCAAGGCAGAAUGUAUAACGAUGACUAUCACCGCGGGCGUCAUGACCAAGAUAGAGGCUACGACUAUGGCUCCUCCUCUUCCUACCGUGAGAGGAGAUCCUACAACUCUCGAUCGCCACAGGGAGACUAUUACAGCAGGAGUCGUUCCCGCAGUCCCGCCAGAGAAGGUGGUCGAUUGAGAGAGGCUGGGCUGCCAAGUGAUACCGUUAUCUUCGAAGGGUUGCCUGUCAGGGUAGACGCAAUGGAGCGCCGAGCCUUUAUCCAGUUUGAGGAAGUUGAUCAUGCAGCCGCCUUUGUCAAUGAAAACUUCCCCAAAGUCCUCAUCACACUACCUCACACGACUGAUGAAGUCCCAGAUGGCAGAAUCAGCGCCUACAUCCACUUUGCCCAUCGCAGGGAGGACGCGGAGACGCGCGCUUCCGGUGGUGGUGGUGGUGGUGGCCAAUGGAUCUGCCAACCUUGCGGCUUCAACAACUACUCUUCGCGCACCAAAUGCAAGCGCUGUGGCUCAUCUCCAUCAUCUUCCACAAUGCGAUUAAGCCUAAAUCCCGCUGCUGAUGCUGCCGAGGCGCCUACCCAGAUCCUGGUGGUCUAUCCCCUGACUGCCUUUGUCGACGAGGACAUGUUCGCUACAGACAUGAAGCGUCUAGAACUUGAAAAGCUUGACCCAGCCAGCCAGAAGCUGGUACCAGGCUCCAAGCUCCAGUCAACUGCCCCAGCUGAUCGUGCUGCUCGGACUGGUGCACGCCCGGGGUCGCUCCACCGCGUAUUCUUAAUGCGCGAUCCGAAUACAGGAGAGUCCGUCAAGUAUGGCUUUGCUGAGUUUUGGACCUUGCAGGACGCUGUCGAUGCCAUGGCUAAAAUCAAGCUGCUCCCAUCCUUCACUGUUGCGGCUUGUGCUGUCAACGUGUCUCACAUUCAUAUGGGCGUCUUUGUCCCAGAGGAACGUGAGGUUACUCCCGAGACCGAACGACUUUCCUUUACCCCCUUGUUCAACACCACCCUCCGCGUCCGGUAUCGUGAUUUGCGAGCCUACCCCAGCCAGAAACUCCUAUCUGCUGAGCCCCCUGAGGCUAUAAAUACAGACGGAGAGCCAAAGGGGAGUGAUCCGAGUGGAAACAACAAGAAACCGAAGAAGAGAAAGGCAGAUGACCCUCAAGGUGCUGCUGCCGCCAAGAGGGCAGUCCCUGCGAUGGCUGGUCAUAUGGCUUUAUGGCAGAAGAAGCAUGAAGAGAUUCACACAGGGGAGUCCAACGACAAGACCGCUGCUAAGCCACCACCACCCGUCAUAAAGAGCUCAAAGGAAGCGCCCAUCAAGUUUUCGUUUACUGGAGCAUCAAUGCAGGCCUCGGGCCCUUCAGCGGUUUCGUCAGUCCCAGUCCAUCCUGCACCUCCCGCACCCUCUUCCGCACCUCCACCUCCGCCGGAGGAACAAAAUAGCGACAACAUGCCUGAAGCCAAGCCUGACGUUCAGGCUAAAGAAGAAAAGCCAAUCACCCCGUAUGCGGACCGAGACAAGCUACAAUGUCUUCUUUGCAUGCGUAAAUUCAAAUCACUAGACGAGCUACGUCGCCAUUCAAAUUCGCAGCUCCAUGCAGAGAAGCUGCUCGAUGAGCAGUCCGUCAAGAACGCGGUAGAGAGGUUGAGUAAACGAGGGAUCCGGCUACCAAAACAAACCGAAGCCGGUGAUGAAUUCGGCGCCACGGCACCACAAUACCGAGACAGGGCCAAGGAACGACGCGAGCAGUGGAACCAACCUAAGAAACCGCCGCCUGCUCCCGCGGAGAAGAGCGCUUCUGGGUCACAGAAGGACCAAGGCAAGGCUCCUGUGCAGGAGAAGGCUCCGGCGCAGUCUAAAGGCGCUGGCAUGCUUGCCAAGAUGGGCUGGAUGUCUGGCAGCGGCUUGGGUGCCAAUGCUGAGGGGCGCACCGAGAGCAUCGUCACCCACGUGUAUCGGCAAGGCGUGGGCCUUGGGGCCGAAGGUGCGAAUCUGGGAAACGCGCAGGCUUUGGGAGAGAGCAGGACGCUCAACAAGCGCAAGGACUAUGUUGAUGCCGUCAAUGACCGGGCGAGAGAGCGGUUCUUCAACGAGUUUGGAGAGAAGAAGGAUGAUGAGCAGAACAGCGAGGACAAGAAAGAGGAGUGA